GUGACUUCAACGUCCAUGCAAAGUAUCGGUUCACAGAAAAACGAGCUGUAUGGGAGUGGAUCCAAUGUAAUUGUCAUUGAUGUUCCUGUUAUCCAGUCAUUUGACAUUGCAACACAAAAAACUGCAACUUUCGAAAAGAUGGAGAUUUCCUGUUACGAGCAGACCGUGUCCGAUGAUGAACCGGUUGUUUCCGCUGACGAAUUUUUAGUGGACCGCACUGGAAUGGAUUUCAAUGAAAACAAGAAGAUCAGCAACAAGAAAUUACGGGCUGGACUGUGUCUGCUGAAAGACGAAAUGAAGAAAUACAUUCAAAAAACAACAUUGGCGAGAAGCUCACAAAUAGUUUGGUUUCAGUCGUUCUUCCACAUUCGAUGCUGUGCGUGCCGUAAACUGAUCAAGACGAGAGAAAAGUACAGAGGUGUGAAGGACGUCAAUGUUAAUUGUUUCAAUCGACCAAUUCAAUUCCGAGUGUCAUUUAAAUCUGGAAAGAGAUCGUCUAAGAAUGGCGAUAUGUUUAAUUUCCAUAUUGCUGAUCCAGAUGGUGAAAUACAAGUGACUGUGUUCCCAGAAGAAACUGCUUCUUUUUUUGAUCUAAUUGAAUUCAAUCGCACCUUCGAAUUGACGAAUUUCAAUGUUAAAAAAGAGGAUAGUAAUUUUCCGCUAUUCCUUGGAAACGGAAAAUAUAUUUGUUUAUUGGGAAGUUCCAAAAUCGAAGCCCUUGAUGAUAAUAUAAUUAGCGAACUGAAGUUUAAUUUCGUACCAAUCGACGGAAUUAAAAAUUUGGAACCAAAUUCGAAAUGCGAUGUCAUUGGUAUCAUCGUUAAGAAUUGGGGGAAAGAAAUUAUUGGAGACAAUAAAGUGAAACGUGAUGUGACUAUAACAGAUAAGAGCAAAGAAUGUAUAAUCUUGACGCUGUGGGGAGAGGAAUAUGACGAAUUUGAUUCCGAAGAAAUCCCAAUAAUAAUUCACAAUGGCGUCGUGCAUGACUACAAUGAAUCACGAACAAUUACUUGUGCCGCACGCACAUUGUUUUGGCGUAAUCCAAGCAAUUCUGCUGCCGAAGAGUUGAAGUUAUGGUUCGACGAUGAAAAAUUUGAUUAAAUGAAAAAUACUUUCAAUUUGCUUUGAAAAAAAGUUGAAAUUUCGUAUUGAAUGAAUGAAUUCUUUAUUUAUACAUUAUGAAAUCUAAAUUUUACUAGCUAUUACGUCAGGGUAAUCUAAAUUAAAUCAAACCAGGACUUCAUUGUGUGAGCCACUUUCAAGAAGUCAAUCGUUUUUUAAAUUAUAAAUAUCCUGAAAUAAAUUCAAAUAUUAUAGCAAUAGUUAUUUCAACAGAAUGAUACUAUUUUCAUUAAGAAAUAUUAUACAUUGAUUCUUUUCA